AUGAACUCUUCUUCUUAUCAGCAUCGGUUCUAUGGAAAAUCGGUUCCAUUCGGAUCGUUUGAAGAGACAAUCAAAAAUCAUAGUAUUCGUGGCUAUUUCAGCUCGGCUCAAGCUAUAGCAGAUUAUGCAGAAGUAUUGAUGUACCUCAGGAAAAAAUUGUCGGCCCAAAAUUCUCCAAUUAUUGUCAUCGGAGGAUCUUAUGGGGGAAUGCUUGCUUCAUGGUUUCGACUGAAGUAUCCACAUAUCGCUCUUGGUGCUUUGGCUUCAUCAGCUCCAAUUCUUUACUUCGACGGCCCCACUCCACAAAACGGAUAUUAUUUCCUUGUCACCAAGGAUUUCAAAGAAGUUAGUGAGAACUGCUACAAAACCAUUAAAGAAUCAUGGUCUGAGAUUGAUAAAGUCGCUUCUAUGUCCAAUGGCCUUUCAGUCCUCAGCAAAAGAUUCAAGACUUGCACGCACUUGAACAAUUCUUCUGAGCUCAAGGACUACUUAGACUCAAUGUAUGCCACAGCUGCUCAAUACAAUCAGCCACCGGAAUAUCCGGUGACGAAGGUCUGUAGCAGCAUCGACGGAGCUUUUGAAGGAAGUGAUAUUCUUGGCCGGAUAUUCGCCGGUGUUGUAGGUUAUAAAGGGAAUUGGUCAUGCUAUGAUACAAAUCAAAACAAUCAUCCUAGUGAAACAUCCGUGGGUUGGAGAUGGCAAGUAAGUUACCUAUGUUCAUUUGGAAUCAAUUACCCGACCAACCGAAAACAAUUCGAUAUUACUUGUAGUGAAAUGGUGAUACCCAUCGGCCGUGGUAGGAACGACACCAUGUUCCCGCCGUCACCUUUUGAUUUCAAACAAUAUUCCGACCACUGUAAAAGCUUAUUUGGCGUCCCACCUCGACCUCAUUGGGUUACAACUUAUUAUGGAGGCCAUGAUGGCAAUGCUUGGAUAUUCUUCCAGCAGAGGUAA